UCUGUCUUUUGCCCACCCAGGAUACAGAUCUGAUGACAUUCAACAUUUCUGUACACCGGUCAUGGUGGCGGGAACAUGGGCCCGGCUGUGUCCGAAGAGUGCUGCCUCCAUCGGCCCACGGCAUGAUGGACGACUACACGUACGUCUCCGUCACAGGCUGCAUUGUUGAUUUCCAGUACCUAGAGGUCAUCCACAGUGCUGUCCAGAUACUCCUCUCGUUGGUUGGUUUUGUGUAUGCCUGUUAUGUGAUCAGUAUUUUCAUGGAAGAAGAGGACACCUUUGAUUUCAUAGGCGGACUUGAUGCACACUCCUACUACCAGGAUCAUGUUGAGUUAAAGCCUGUUAACCUGUCGAAAUAAGUAAUGACACUGACUCUGAAACACGGCUGCUGAACUUGACUGAGGAAUUCAGGCACCACUGAGAGCACCUCUCUGCAUUGACACGUCUCACCUCCUCCCAGAGGAUGGACUGCGUCUCCCUCCUUCCCCGCGAGUCACCGAGUUCUUUGGUCACAGCCUAUGUGUUAUUAGCAUUGUGCGCUAGAGGUGUAGGUGAUUGGGUGGGUAUUUUUUAAGUCAUUUUCUUCUUACAUGAAUACUUGUAAAUUAUUUAAAAAUUGUUUUUUCAUUUUUUAACAGCAUUUAAUGUGAGGCAUGCAAAAUGAAAAAAAAAUUUCAUGAAAGCCUUCUACAGUCUAUUCUAAAAGAAAUACUGGUUCUUGUAUUGAGGUGUCCAGUCAAUGUUGCUGAUGACCGCAGUUACCCUAUGCCCGAUAGACUUUGCAUUAACAGAUAUUACGGGGGGCUAUUCACCAUGAACUUAGAGCUGUGACAGCUGGUGAAUAGGUGCAAACAGCGGAUCUGGGUUUCAGACUGACCAUGGGGCAUUUUCUCGACACCACACGACAAAACAUGAAGUCCUCCUUCGUUCUCAAUUUUCCAGAAUGCAGAAUAACAUCACACCAUCUAAAUUUUCAGAUUCGUGCAUGUUAUCUUGUUCUUCCUGUGUUCUGGAAAUUAUAUCAUGGGGGUAUAGAAGAGUAACAUGAUUAGCAGACAUCUUUCUACUUUUGGAGGGUACAUGGGUAUCUCUGGCAUUCAUAUUUUCUAUUCUUUAUCCCAGUUCUGACACUGGUGUCCAGUCAAAACAUACUGGGCUUGGGAGACAGAAAUCACAACCAUAAAUCUGCAAUCAGGAAUGUUGCUCUUAAGAUAACCAAAAGGAGCUUUAAAAUGGUGUGGAAUCUCUAUAAAGGCUUCUUAAAAAGAUACUUAUAUUUGUUCAACAUCAAUUUUUCUUUCUCUGACCCCAUCCCAAUAAUCAAGAAACUAAUACGGGAAUCAUAAUUUUCCAUAGAAAAAAAGAACUGCUUUGAAAGCACAUCAUAGUUUUUCCUUUUGUAUCUUUCAAUUAUUAUUUCCCAUAUCAAAAUAAAUUUUGCUCACUUUGUACAGCAACCAACAUAAGGUCACCCAUAGAUCAUAAAAUUGUGUACGUGUGCACUCCUUCCAUCCAAAAGUUGUUAACUUAGCCCAUACAUCUCUAAGAAGGCAAUCUAUAAAACAUCUAAAAUCACAUGAAAAUUUUUGUAUGUGUAUAGAGAUUCUUGUUUUCUUUUGGGAGUCUAUAUAUUUUAUGAGACUCUGUUAAGAAUCAGAACCAAUACAAAAGUCUACCCUGGUUCCUCCCAGUUCACGACUACCACUGUGGCAUUCUAAAGGCUCCUUUUAGUCACUAGAGUUUGGAUUGUGCCCCCUCGGUCAGGAGAAUCACUCUGAAUCCCAUCAUUUUUCAUUCUACUGAAUAAACCCAACUUCAAAAUGAAGAGGAGUUCAUCUGAAGGGACCUCGGAAAUGAUCAAAUCCAAGCCGCUAUUGCAUGGUUGAGGGAUCUGAAGACUAGAGGAUUUGGUGGCCUGGUCCAGAGUCCUGCCUGUAUACAGAGGGGCAAGAGCUAUGGCCAAAGGAAGGGGAACUGGAAGGCAAACAGUAAGGUUUGGGUCCAGGCCCACCACUCUGGCCUUGGACAGUGCUGGACAUCUUGGCCUUGGAAUUUUCCUCAUCUGUAAGACUGAACUAUAAUUGCUACCUCCCGAGGAUGAGGUGAGAAUCAGAUGAAAUGUAAAAAGUGUCCUGGAAUCUCUGACACCCCAUAUUUGAAAGAGACAGUUAGUAUUGUAAUAUCAAAACAAGUUGGACCCUGUCUGCAGUUCUUGCCAUACAACCACGUGCAAUGAAAGGCCCAUGAAAACACCAAACUCUUCGAAGUUUUCUAAAAAGUAGCUUGAAAAUAUUGCCCUGUUUGAACAACUGGAAACACUGAAGACUAAAAAUUGCAUUUCCUAAUUAAAAAUAACUUCUAUAUUUUGAGAUUAAUCCAUAUGAUUUUUAUGGGUCAAGCUAAUAGAAUAUCAAGAAUGUAGAAAGUAAGACAGGAGAAUAAAAGUAAUAUGUCAGUA